UUUAUUGACAAUAUGGCCGCUGUGCUGGGUUUGGAUUUGGCGAAAAUUGUAAUUUGACAGCACUCACCGGGGCUGCGAUAAUAACCCGUUUUCCCGUCAGGAGUGUAAAGAACAGAUGCAUUUGAAUGAAGGGACCCGCGAACUCACGGGACGGUGUCAGUGAGCUGAGGAAACGUCCAGAGUGUGAAACCCGUCAUGUCGUUUUUCAAGAGGAAAGCCAAAAGCAAAGAACCUGAGAGAGUGACAGAUGCUAAAGUAAAUAAAGCUCCACCCAGCCCUCAGUCACCAUCACAAGGACUGAGGAACCACCAUGCCACCCAGGAGCCCGCGGGACCCAGCCAUGUGGCCAUCAACGCCAUCUCCGCCAACAUGGACUCCUUCGCCCGGGGGCGCACCGCCAUCCUCAAGAAACAGCCGAGCCACAUGGAGGCCGCUCACUUUGGAGAUCUUGGACACUCCAGUGUGAACUAUCAGCAGGAGGACCGCUCCCGGCUGUCUAAGACAGUGGAGCACGUCCUGCGGGACGGCGUGGCCAUCCCUCACUACGUGCACUUCAUGGAACACCGGGGCGCCGACCACCUUGUUCGCUUCUGGUUGGAGUCGGAGACUUUCCGGGCCACCAGCUGGUCGCGCGUGCGAGCGCACAGCCUGAACUCUGUCAAACAAAGCUCUCUGGCGGAGCCCGUUCCCGCCUCUCCGGGCAGACCGGACCUCCCGCAGCUCGGCCGACACACGGCCGAUGUUCUCAGCAGGGAAAGUAGCAAUGAAGGCCUGGCGGUGCACACGGAGCGGCGGGACUCCUCCAUCACAGAAAAUGUCCUGAGGCCCGGCACCCCUCGAGCGGAAACCCCCAGCAGGCAGACCCCCUCCAGGACUGGGACUCCCUGCAAGCUGCAGCCCAACAGCACGCUGCAAGACCUCUCUGAACUCAUGAAAAGUAUAGAGAAGGAAGCAGUCACCAUCUUCACCAGGUACAUCUCUCCAGAUGCUGUGAGGCCCAUCCCCAUCACAGAACCAAUCAGAAAUGAUAUCGUGGCUAAGAUAUGUGGAGAGGAUGGCAUGGUGGACCCAAACAGCUUUGUCGUUGCACAAUCGGUAGUCUUCAUCAUCUUGGAGCAACAGCACUUUAGUGAUUUCCUGCGGAGCCAUCAUUUCUGUAAAUACCAGAUCGAAGUGUUGACGAGUGGCUCCGUGUUCCUGGCUGACAUCUUGUUCUGUGAGUCAGCUCUCUUCUACUUCUCUGAGUACAUGGAAAAGGAGGAGGCGAUGAAUGUAAUGCAGUUCUGGCUAGCAGCGGACAACUUCCAGAACCAGCUAGCAGCUAAAAAGGGCCAGUAUGACGGCCAGGAGGCUCAGAAUGACGCCAUGAUCCUCUACGACAAGUAUUUCUCACUCCAGGCCACUAACCCUCUGGGCUUUGGCGACUCUGUACGGAUGGAGAUCGAGUCGAAUAUCUGCCGAGAGGGGGGGCCGCUCCCCGACUGUUUCACCACUCCACUCAGACAGGCCUGGACAACCAUGGAGAAGGUCUACAUGCCAGGCUUCCUGUCUAGCAACCUUUACUACAAAUACCUGAGUGACCUCAUCAACUCGGUGCGGGCGGACGAGUUUGUGAAUGUCAACACUCCGGGUCAGGGCGGGCCCACGGACAACGAGCGUUCAAGUUCAAAUGCCAACGAGGGCUCUCAGACUCAGGGGGCCAAAAGGGCAGCGAUCAAGAUCCUGAAAAACUUCGACGAGGCGAUCACGGUGGACGUCGCCAGCCUGGACCCCGAGUCCUUGUACCAGAGGCCGUACGCUGGAAGGAUGACAUUCGGGAAGGUGAACGAGAUGGGUCAGUUUAUCAGGGAGGCCGAGCCUGAGCCGGACGUGAAGAAAUCCAAAGGUUCCAUCUUUUCUCAAGCCAUGAAGAAAUGGGUCCAAGGCAACUCGGACGAGGCACAGGAGGAGAUGGCGUGGCAGAUCGCCAAGAUGAUCGUCAACGACGUCGUCCACCAGUCAGGUCACGACAGCCCCGGCAAGUCCACCAAGUUAUGACCCCGCUGAGGAACCAAAGGACCAUCACGCCCUGCAGACAUUGGCCAGACCAGUGACAAACUGUACGCAGGGCUCACUCCACAAUGAACUGCAUUAAUCUCAUUACGAACAAGGCAUUUAUCAUCUCCCCAAUGUGUCUGUAUGAAUGUGUGAGCUUGGGUGCAUCAUGAUAAAGUUGAAGUACAUAUUUGCACCAAUCUUCCAACUCCAUAAUACUACGAAGGUACGCGUGAGGUCGCCAAAGGUGAAGCUCACAAGUUGGACUGAAGUCACUCCUGAAGGAAGGAAACCUACAACACACACACACUUGACACUGUCUGGAAAUAAUGUCUCUCUUAUCUCGGACCUAUGGAGGAUGUGACAAAGACUGAAUUUGCCCUCACGACACUCCUCCCCACACCUUUUUUAAGCAUUCCUUGUUUUUAGAUGAAAUGUAAGGGUUAGCCACGUAAGGCUUAAGCAGAUGAAAAAUCAGUGUUGUACAGUUUUCUGCGUACGCUUCCCGCAGCCCGUCGGAGUAGUGUCGUCUGCCGUUCACUCAUGUGAGCUGUCCCACCUCGGCUGUUUUUGCGUACUGUAGAACAUUUUUGGAAACGUGACAAUGAAACAGAAGGAGAGUAGAUUUGUUCCUUGGACCGGCUCAGCUCCUAUAUGAAACUCCUGGCACCUUUUACAGAGCGUAGAAGAAGAAGAAAUAUUCCCUUAAUGGACUUAAGUGCUCCAGUUGUGUUGGAAACCUCCAAACUCCAUGUCCUUAAUGUUCUAUAUAUGUACAUGUAGAUUUCUGGUUUACCCCAUAUAUUAAUGUUAGCCCUUUUUUAUGGUGAUCUGAUUUUUUUUUUUUUUAAUGCAUCGCUGACACAAAUAUCAGUGAUGACAGAACUGUUCAACUGGAAAAGGUGCCCAGUGAAUAAAACAUUUUUUUUAAUUUAGACCCUUACCAAGAUGUGGAAAAGAACCAGAAAAGACUCUUGGUACUAUGUACCACUAAUGUUUUCUGACAUUUAUGUAUGUGUACUUAAUCUAUAAUAUAUUUAAAUUGUGUUUGAUUUAAAUACAUAUAUUAUAAAAUGU